ACAAGACAUAUAGACAAAUUGCCAAACUUGUUGGUUGUGAUCCAAAGACUGUUAGAAAUAUACUUAACCGACUUGAAAAUUUAUCUCAAGUAUUACUGGAUUGUCAAAGAAGACCACUAAUCUUAGAUGAAUCAGCACAAGAUCGUCUAACACAACUUGUUUUAAAUAAUCACCAUAUGACUAAAGAACAAAUUCAAGCUGCAUUGGAACAGCGAGAAGGCAAAGUAGUUUCUCAAAGAACUAUUAGCUGUACUCUUCGCAAAGCUAAUCUGUUUGCACAUGUUGCCCGUGCAAAGCCUUUUAUUAGUGAUAAAACUAAAAAAAAAGCAUCAAAAAAUGUUCUUUGGUCGGAUGAAAAAUAUUUUAGUUUGGUCUCUUCUAAUCCACGUCAGUAUGUAUGGAGAAGGCCAGAUAAAGAAUUUAAUGAUGAUUGUCUUGUUCUGGCAAUCAAAUCUAAAGGGAUUAUGAUGUAG